GUGAGAUUUCAGCAUUUCUUUUAUAGCUGACAUUUUUUAACCAACUUAAAAAUGAGUGCAUUGGUUUUUUUUUGAAUGAUCGUUUCUCAUGUGGGGGGAGGAAAUAUAUGAAAAGACAAGAUGUUUCACUGAAUUGCUAUUUUACAAUUUAAGUGAUGCAGUCAGUAAAUGUUUUUUUCUUUGAUGGGGGAAAUCUGGAAGUAAAAGAACCUACUAAGGAAGAGCUCAGGAAGGAAGUUGGGAAAUCAGUGUCCAGGAAGAAUGAAGAAAAAAGAAGGGGGAAGAAAGAAAAGGAGGAUGAGCAGAAGAAUAAGAAAAUGGUUGAUUCAGAUACAUCCAGGAAGGAGCCUCUCAGGGGUAAAAAGGAUAGGGAGAAGGAGAAAGUGGACCCAGAUAAGAGCACUAAAUCCAAGGAAAGUAAGAAAAAAUCAGCAAAUAUGAAGGAUACUUCCAGUAAACUGACAUCCAGAGACAAAGAAGAUAGGAAGGAAAGAAGCUCAGCCAAGCAGGCACAAUUGGCCAGGGCCAAUAACCAGAAGAGAAAGAACUGAAGCUCUUAAAUUACCAUCAGGAAAUGAGAACUUUC